AAUAACCUCACAUAUCUCGGCCUCGGUAAAAACGAGAUCCAAAAUGUGCCCAUUUUUGCUUUCAAAAAUAAUCCCAAUCUCCAGUAUAUAUACUUAAACAUGAAUAAGCUUAAGGAAUUCAAUAUGAAUACCUUGCUAUCUGCCAAGCAUUCCUUGAGCAUACUUGAUCUUAGCAAAAACCAUAUGAGCUCCUUCGAUUUCCAAUAUUUGGAGUAUUUCGAUAACCUGACUCAUCUGGAUCUAAGUUACAAUAAUUUGACGAGCGUGAAAGGGUUGGUAGAUUUAGAAUUGGUCCAUCACCAUAUAUAUGCCAUCUCUCUUGAAGGCAACCCAUUAGUCUGCGAUUGCGAUACUUUUCUACUGGCUCAAUGGUUUCACGAAACAUCUGGCUUGAUCGAUUUCCCUAGCAAACUAGAUUCCGCCACUUGUAGCGACCCUUCAAUGGGCCUUAACGCGAUCAAUAUUCUGAACAAAACUAUGAUCGACAUUUUAAUGCCACAUUGUGAACCACCUUUGCCGUAUGACGUUACAAAAAAUGAUCCAUCUUCUUCUUCACCGCCAGCAAAAAGUUCGGGUGAGCAGAGCAACAGAAAGAAAAAGACCUCAUCUGUCAUUAUAGCGGUCAUAGCUACGAUAGGCAGCAUCGCAACCAUCAUUCUGGCUGUCUUAUUAAUGACAGGUCGCAUUUUCAAGAAAUGCGAUUUCUCAAAUACCUCGUUACUUUCUAAAAUUUUAUCGCCUUUCAAACAUAGAACCCGUACCCUGAAAUUUUGUAAUACGGGAACUCCUGAUCAUAUUAGAUUCGAUAAUAAAGAAGCCAAUAACAGCACCCUUCCCAAGUCCUCGGCAUAG